AUGGAAGAGCCACCAAAACCUAAAAGUAAAAAGAAAUCGAAGUCUACAUCUACAAAAAAAAGAAAGGAGAAACAAAGUAAUAACGAAAAUAACAAAAAUAAUUCUAUUAUUGAAUCAUCAAAUAAUGUAAAAUCCGAAUCCUCCUCAUUAAAAUUUGAUAUUAUUGCAAAAAAUCCUUUAAUUAUUAAUAAAAUUUUCAAAGAAUUGUUACAAGAGUUACAUGAUAUUAUUCUUUUAAAUAUAGAAGAUUAUACUACUGACCAAUUAAAUGAGUUUAUAUAUAAUUUUUUACUUGAAUAUGAUUUAGACCCUAAAAAUGUAUUUGAAAUUAUGACAAAUAAUUUACAACCCAUUUUUUAUUAUUCAAGUUUAAUUGGAAUUUUUUAUCAAUAUGGAAUUGGAUGCGAGGUUGAUGAAAUCAAAGCAUCAAAAAUAUUUUUUAAUACUGUUAAAAAUAAUCAAAAAGUGAUAGUACCAGAUCAAUUUACCUUUGAUAUUAGUUUCUUUGAUAUUAAAGAGUUGAAUGAAAUAAUUACACAAUAUUUUUAUUCUUUAUUUCUUUAUAAUGAUAUAAUUUUAAAUAAAAGAAAUAAUUACAAAUUCCAUAUUAAAUAUGCUGAAAAGGGAGAUUCAAUAUCACAAUAUCAUAUUGGUAAUUGUUAUUUUUAUAAUAUAAACGCAAGACGAGAUUAUAAUAAAGCAAUUGAAUGGUAUUUAAAAUCGUCAGAAGGAGGAAACAUUAAAGCAAUGUAUAGACUAGCAUAUUGCUAUGCUUGUGGAUAUGGGGUUAAAAAAGAUGAGAAGAAAGCAUUUGAGUUGUAUUUAAAGUCUGCUGAGGGAGCCGGAGGGUAUAAACAUGCAUUAUGGGUAAUGGGAAAUUAUUAUUAUUAUGGACUUGGAAUUUUAAAGGAUGAAAAUAAAGCAUUUGAAUUUUAUUUAAAAGCUGCAAAAAAAGGGCAUAAUAUAAGUCAAUAUUUAAUAGCAAAUUAUUAUUAUGAUGGAAAAUAUAUUCCAGAAAAUAAAGAAAAAUGGUUUUAUUGGAAUAGGAAAGCUGCAAUUAAUGGCAAUGCAGAUGCUCAAUUUAAACUAGCAGAAUAUUAUACCACCAAUUCUAGCAAUAAAAAUGAAAGCAAAGCAUUCAAAUGGUAUAUGCAAUUAGCUAAUAAAAAAAAGUUAAAAGCAAUUUAUAUAAUUGCAAAAUGGUAUAGAGAUGGCAUUGGUACUGAUAAAAAUUUAAAAGAGGCUACAACAUGGAUUAAAAAAUAUGAAUUAUCAAAGUCUUAUGGGAAACCACAAAUCACCUUAAAAAAUUUUUUGAAUUGCUCGGACAUUGAUGUUUCUUCAAUAGAGCCGUAUAGUACAAGCAUGUGA